AUGUAUACGUUUGACACAGGGUGCUGGGUUGAUGGUGUCGAUACAAAUGACUCUAUAGCGGAAUGGAAUUCAACUGGAAUUGUAGAUGCUAUACCCAAAACAGUAGAGGGUGAACUACACACUUGCUUUAUUUACGAUAGUAAUAGAACAAUCGCCUCCUGCUCUAAGUGGGUAUACGAUACAACGUACAGAUCAUCUUCUCGAGGCAUGGAAUGGGAUUUAAUUUGUGACCAGAGAUGGAUGGGGGCAUUAGCGCAGUCUUCUUACAUGUUUGGAGUUUUUACGGGAGCUGUUAUUCUUGGUGGCAUGGCGGAUAAAUACGGAAGAAAAACUAUUUUUUGUUGGUCGGGAGUUUUACAAUUAGCUUUUGGUGUAGCGGUUGCAUUUAUGCCUGAAUAUUGGUCAUUCAUCGUGAUUCAGUUCCUAUAUGGUAUAUUCGGAUCCGCCGGUGCGUAUAUAACCGGUUUUGUAUUAACAAUGGAAAUCGUAGGAGCUAGUAAGAGAACUAUUUGUGGCGUUGCAUUUCAAGCAGCAUUUGCAUGCGGUAUUAUGUUAGUAGCGGGUUGGGGAGCACUUAUAGAUAACAGGCAAAUUCUUCAAGUGGUUUAUGGACUUCACGGCCUUUUGCUUGUACCACAUAUUUGGAUUAUGGAUGAAUCACCCCGUUGGUUGUGGGCCCAAGGUAGGUCUAAAGAAUCGGUUGAUAUUGUUGAAAAGGCUUUAAAAUGCAAUAGAUCUGAAGAAGUAUUAGAUAAAGCUCAGUUAGUAUCCAUUGGCAGAGCUAAAGCAUCCAAGGGAUCUGAUGAACCUUCAGCUGGUACCACAGAUUUGUUCAAGACCCCAAAUUUGAGGUUAAAGACAUUAAACGUGUGUUUUAGUUGGUUUGCUAAUUCCAUAGCAUAUUAUGGGCUUACAUUAAGUACUGGUAAACUUGAAGGGAAUCCCUACUUAAUAACUGCUAUCUUAGGUUUUGUGGAGAUUCCGAGCUACGGGACUGUGGUUUAUUUUCUUGAUAUUUGGGGUAGAAGGUCUCUUAUGUGUUCUUUAAUGCUUGUGGGUGGCGCGGCAUGCGUUAUCGCUACUUUACUUCCUACAGGGAGUACAAUAUCUACGGCAAUAGUAAUUGCCGGUAAACUCUUCAUAGCGGGAUCUUUUGCUAUAAUAUAUAAUUACUCGGCGGAAUUAUUUCCUACAGUUGUGCGCAACUCAGCUCUCGGACUGGGUUCUAUGUGUGCCAGGCUUUCUGGCGCUUUAACACCAUUCAUUUCCUUACUUGAUUCGUUCGAUCCUAAAAUUCCAGCUAUAACAUUUGGGGUCAUUGCUAUUGUCUCAGGAUUUUUAUGUAUGUUCCUACCCGAAACAAUGAACCAACCCAUGCCACAAACCUUGGCCGACGGUGAACGAUUUGGUAAAGGGGAUACUUUGUUUACUAGCUGCUUAGGAAAGAAACGUAAUAGAACUUAUUCCGAAGACAAUAAAGUACCUGAAGCUAUGGUACCAUUGGACGAUACUAGCAGAAAAGUUUAA